AUGGCUGACAAGCAGGUCAAGAAAGUACCUCGAGUACCUGAGUCGAUCUUGAAGAGGCGGCAGGUAGUUGCUGCUAGCAAGUCUAGGGCCCUGAAGGUAGCAGCAGCCUACAAAAAGAAACAAGCUGCCACAAAGAAAGUUUUGUUCAAGCGAGCGGAGAAAUAUGCCAAGGAGUACCAGGCCAAGGAGCGCAAUGAGAUCCGACUUGCUCGCAUCGCAAAGAAGAGUGGAAACUUCUAUGUCCCUGCCGAGCCUAAGUUGGCUUUCGUCAUUAGGAUCAGAGGUAUCAAUGGUAUCCACCCGCGGCCCAGGAAAGCUCUCCAGCUGUUCAGGUUGAGGCAGAUCAACAACGGUGUCUUCGUCAGACUCAACAAGGCAACACUGAACAUGCUGAAGAUUGUGGAGCCAUAUGUCGCUUGGGGAGUCCCCAAUUUGAAGACUGUCCGAGAGCUGAUCUACAAGAGAGGUUACGGAAAGGUCAACCACCAAAGGAUUGCCCUGACUGAGAACUCUGUUGUUGAGAAAGAACUGGGCAAGAGGGACAUCAUUUGUGUUGAGGACCUUAUCCAUGAGAUCAUGACUGUAGGCUCUAACUUCAAGUAUGCCUCCAACUUCCUCUGGCCAUUCAAGCUGAACUCUCCCCUGGGAGGUUGGCGCCGCAAGUACAACCACUACAACGAUGGUGGUGAUUACGGUUUCAGGGACACCAAGAUUGAUGCCCUGGUUAGACAAAUGCUGUAA